AUGGCAAUGUUCGAAGACGAGCCACGGCAACAAUCAACAGAAAGCCAGCCGUUGCUUCAAGAACAAACGCCACACCGCACAGCCCAACCACCCCGGGUGUCGAGAGCGGUGUUCUGGAAAUUAUACGCCCUCGUGUUCUGUGUCAAUAUUGCUUUUCAGCUCUUGAUCCCGGCUCAGACCGAAAUAUUUGAGAACAUCUACUGUAAACAGUGGUAUCGUCGCCAUCCCAGGCCCGACCUGCCUGCCCAUCGUCCGGUUCCGGAGUCGUUCUGCAAGAUCAGUCCCAUUCAAACUCAAGUCUCGUCGCUGAAAGGAUGGCUCGAGGUCUCCCAGGCUGUACCGGGUCUGCUCUUGAGCAUACCCGUCGGCGUGCUUGCUGACCGCAUUGGCCGUCGGCACAUUCUCAUCGCAAACGCACUGUCGAUUUUGUUGAUGCAAGUGUGGAUCACGGCCGUCACCUGGUUCGACGGGCGUUUCCCUCUCCAAACUGUCUGGCUAGCUGGUACCCUCGGCCUGUUCACUGGCGGGAGCAUGGUGACGGAGAUGCUCUUCAUUUGCAUCUUGUCAGACAUAAGCCCCCAUGAUCGACUCGCCGAUACGUUCGUCUUCACGACAUCCUUUUCCUAUAUCGGCAGGAUGCUCGGGCCGUUGGUCUCGGGCAUCCUGAUGCGAUGGAGUCCAUGGUAUCCCGUGUACCUAGGUCUUGGGGUUCUGGGAGUCACCAUCUUUGUGGUUGUGUCGUUACCGGAGACACUGCACCUGCAGAAGCGUGAAGACACAGCGACUGAAGAGACGUCCUCGGAGCGUGACGAACGGACAACAACAACACCACCACCACCACCAAAUAAUCGAUCUUCGUUCACUGCUUCGCGAACAUCUAUUCGCAAAGUUUUAAAGAUAUGGAGUGAUUGGCGGCUUGUGGUUGUGGCAUUGACUCUGCCGUUGAAGAUCAUCUUCUACGCUUUGAACGACCUGGUUCAACGAUACGUGUCUGACAGAUACGGCUGGACUUUGGCGAACGCCACGCUCCUUUACUCCCUUCAGGCUGCGACGACGACUGCGAUGCUAUUGACGGUCCUCCCUCUGAUCUCCAACUACAUCGACAGCCGCUUCUCGAUCAGUGUUCUUCAGAAGAACGUGGUCUUGACCAGGGCGUCGCUAUUCGUACUUGCACUGGCAUACGCAAUCAUUGGGCUUGCACCAAACCCAGCCAUCAUGCUUAUCGGCAUGUUUGUCGAAACGCUCUCGACCGGUCUCCCUGCGACGAUGCGUGCUCUGGCGGCAGCUUUGGUCAGCAGCCAGGACAAGGGGAGCGUGUUCUCCGUCAUGGCAGUGGCUGAAACGCUGAGCACGAUGAUGGCCUACCCUGUCACUGCUAUGCUGUUUAAUAUCGGCUUGGAGCACGGUGGAGGGGUGUGGCUGGGCCUGCCUUAUGAUUUCGUCUCCGUUGCUGCCGCUUUGGCUUGUAUCAUUAUGUGUCUGCUCCGAUUCGAGAGACGUGUCGGGAUUUCAUAG